GUACACUGCGGGACAUUGGCGCGGUUUAAUCCAAACCCCGGAGUUGCUGGUUCGUGUGGUGGUUGCUAUUUUCACCUAGAGCAAUGUCCAAACAUCAAACAUACAGACACGAAAAUGAUCACAAGACUGAGGAAAACGGGAACAAAGGCCCUUCAAGAUGGUCCAAUUGUCGGAAACGUGGAGCAGAUGGGAGUUUGAGAUCACAUGGUGAUGAAGAGGCUGGCAAAGACCAAAGAUCACAGCGUUCACACAGACCAGACCUUUUUACAACCCCAGAGAGUGACGGACCUGUGUCCAGAGUAAAGAACUGGGGCGAUGAGGUGGAGGCGGAGGAAAUGCGUACAAAUGUCCGUUGCGACAUGCAUCGCUAUAGAAGAAGGAUUCUCGCUGCAGAUGUUCCUCAAAGAGAGAGAAAAACAUCAUCUGGAAGUUCGGACUCCAGAGACUCCCGAGAUUCCAAAGACUCUCCUGCUAAAGGUGACAUGGAGACAGAUGAGAACACACUCAUGAGAAGACAAAAACAGAUCAACUAUGGGAAAAACACUCUCGCUUAUGACAGAUACAUAAAAGAAGUGCCUAAGCAUCUGAGAAAGCCAGGUAUUCAUCCAAAGACUCCAAACAAGUUCAAGAAAUACAGCCGGCGCUCGUGGGACCAACAGAUUAAACUAUGGCGGGUCAGUCUUCACAAGUGGGACCCCCCUGCGGAAGAGGGAAGUGACCUGCAGCAGAUCGAGGAGAUUGACCUUGGAGAAAUCAUGGAUUUUGAGUUGGAUGUGGAGUGUUCAGCCACUACAGAGACUGAAUCACAGAAUGCAGUGUCCAAUGGAGCAUCGUUGUCUUUGCCAGAGGACUCCUUCACAGGAACUCCUAAAAAGAUGAUAAAAUUGGAGGAUGCUGAAAUGUCGUGAGCACCAUCGAAAUUCUGAUGUUCUUUGAGAGAACUCCUGAGCAAACUAACUGUUUUAAUUCACUUUUCAUUUUGAUUAUCAUUGUUCAAUUUUUCCAGCAGUUUAUGGUGUUUUGUGACCCCGCCCCCCAAAUGAAAAUUCUGUCAUGUGCUCACCCUCAUGCCAUCCCAGAUGUGUAUGACUUUCUUUCUUCUGCAGAACACAAACAAAGGUUUUUAGAAGAAUAUUUCAGCUCUGUAGGUCCAUAUAAUGCAAAUGAACUUUGAAGCUCCUAAAAGGACAUAAAAGUAAUCCGCAUGACUCCAGUGGUUUAAUCCAUGUCUUUUGAAGUGAUCCAAUUGGUUUUGUGUGAGAACAGAUCAAAUUAUAACUAAUCUUUUACUGUACAUCUUUCCAUUGCAGUCUCUAGAAACGAUCAUGAUUUCAAGCUCGAUUACACUUCCUAGUGCUUGAAUCAUGAUCUCCAGGGAGACUGCUGAUGUCAAGAUUUAUAGUAAAGGAGUUACAUGUUGGUCUGUUCUCAUUUAAAAUCGAUUGGAUCACUUAAGAGACUGAUUAAACCACUUGAGUCAUGUAGAUUACUUUUAUGCUGCCUUUAUGUGGUUUUUGGAGCUUAAAAGUUUUGGUCACCAUUCACUGACAUUGUAUGGACCUGCAGAACUGAGAUAUUCUUCUAAAAAUCUUCGUUUGUAUUCAGUAGAAAAAAAGAAAGUCAUACACAUCUGGGAUGGCAUGAGGGUGAGUUAAUUAUUAAUUUUUGGGUGAACUAUCCUUUUUAUAGAGGUUUAGUCAUCACUGAAUUCAAUAUGUUCUUUACACCUACUCCUUUUUAGCCUUUUGCAAAAGAAAAUGUAUAUGUGUAUAUUUUGAAAUUGAUUAAUUUUGUAUGGUAGUAAACCAUUUGUUGCUCAGUGGACAUUCUCUUGUAUUUAUCAAUUAAAGUGAAAUCAGAGCGGGUUCGCUUCAAAUUUCAAGUGUUAUUAGUUUGUGGUUUUAGGUGUUGUUGUUUUUUUAGAUUGCGUUUUGAUUGUUAUUCAUUUAUUUUAUUAAGAACCUUUUGAAAAUAAACAUUAAACUGGAAGGACCAAAUAAUUGUCAUUUCAGUGCUUCACAUUGUAUACAUGGAUUAUAUUUUACAUUCAUUAUCGAUCCUGUAUAAUGUAUUUUUCUUUAUGUAAUGUUGGCAUCUUGUUUAUAGUGUAAGGAAUAAGAUGUAUAGCAAAAAACAAAAAAAACAAUGCUGGGCUAUUUCAAGAAUUUUGAGGCAAACUGAAUAAAAAUUCUGACCUUUUGUGUUAACAUGA